CUAACAGAUAUCCAUUUAGACACGGUUGAAGAUCGAAUUGGAUAUCUGCGGCAAGCAUUGCAGUCGACUGUACAGAAAUGUGUAAUUGCUUCUUCACCGCCUUCUACAGAGAAUCUUGAAAUUCAAAAGGCAAUCCAGACGCCUGAGGAGAAUCUUGAAAUCAACGAUCCAGUGGCUGCAGCAACGCUUUCGGAGCAAGAAUCAGAUUCUGAAGAUGAUGAUGACGAUGAUGAUGAUGAUGUGAAUGCAAAGAAGAACAAAGUGCCAAAACGAAUGAAGGAUGCUGCACGGAAGAUGUUUACGUCAAAAGUGAUGAGAAUGUAUCAGCGUCUAUCAUAUUGGAACUCUAUGAGUGUUGAGAAAAGGCGGGGAUUUCUUGUACUCAGAAUUUGCGAUUUGAGAGAACAUUUUGGUUCAAUCAAGGAUGGUUUAGCCGCAAGAACAUUCUCAGAAGCUAUAGGGUUUGCUCAAAAACACAAGACUUGGAAGUUCUGGCCCUGUUGCUUUUGUGAUGAGAAGUUCAAUGAUUCAAAUUUGCGAAUGCAGCAUAUUGAGCAGGAGCACAAGAAAUCAAAGUUACGAUAUGUUGAUCCACAAGAAGUCGAUGCCAAUUGGGCCCGCAUGCUUGUCAAUGGUACAUGGAAACCAGUGGAUAUCCCUGGAGCUCAGAAAAUUAUUGAAGAACAAUCAAAGAGGCAAUCGGCUGAUCUUGUUGGUGACUCUGAUGCGAAUUUGCAGCCUCUGGCCUGCCCGAAUGAUCAGAAGUGGCCACUAUCUAAUAAUGUUGAGCGUGCGAAAAUUCUUGAAAGAAUUCAUGAUGUGUUCCUAUUGCUUCUUAGAAGCAAUUGUCUUUCUAAGAGUAAUCUUGAAAAGGUGAUAGAGGAUGCCAUGGAUGAACUGCGUAAUUUUGUUCCAUUAUCGCAGAUUCACAUUCAUGGCCUGCACCAAACACCUCUCUGCAUCUGUUUUUUGGAGGUUUCCAAGUUAAAAAAAAUCCUUCAAUUCUUGCACCUUGUGUCCUAUCUUUGUGGCUUAAACAAGAACCCUUACAAGGGUAGUUCCUCAGAUGAUGUACUUGAUGAGUAUAAGAUCGAGGAAAUUGAAAUUAAGGAAAGGAUUGUUUUUAAUGGUGACUCAUCGUGUCUCCUUAUGGAUGAACGUUUACUGCAAGGGGAGAUUAAGUCACCUGCAAAUGGGGAUGCAGUUGCAGAUGAUGUUUCUGCAGCAACUUGUACCAUUCAUUACGAAGAAGUUGAUGUGCUUCCAGGUAGUGAUGCUUUAGUACCUUGGCUUUUUGGUCCUUCAAUUGGAGAAGCUUUAAAAUCAUGGACAGAUAUACAAAAAGCUAUGAAGCAUCAAGUAGUGAAAGUUAUUCAGCAAAUUGAGAAUGAAUUUUGUCUGAUAGAAACAUGGAGAAGAAGGAAAAGUGAACUAGAGAAUGAAAAGCAAGCAUUACUGGCAGUUGAGAGCAUCUGUAUUGAGGAGCUUAAGAAGAGGACGCAAGUUACAAUGCAUAUCCAGCAAAGUUAUGCAUCCCUCUUGAGGAGACGGCAAGGAGAACUUAACGGGGCAAACAAUGAUGCCAUGUCCCAGAGCAGUAGAUUUGAGUUUGAUGCUAUAUUGAGCAUACUUAUAGAUGCUCAAACUCUAAAUGUUGAGCACUCCCAAUUGGAGGCUGUUCUGACUGGCAAAAGUUCUUUGAAAAGUAGUGACCACGUGCAUCAAGAAGAUGCUUGCAUUACAUUGGCAAUCACGAGACAAUUUAGGAAGGGACCAUCUGCAGAGUUUAGCAGACUUCAAAGAUUGGUCAUGAGGAUUCUUAAUGUUACACGGCCGCAAGGGGAGCAAUUUGAGGCUUUGGUUGACGAGGACGCAAAGCAGAAGGCAGAUGCUGUAGGAGAAGCACUUUUAGCAGAGAUUGCACUGGAAGACGAGAAUAAUAUUAGCAAAGCAGGCACUGAUACAAAACUUCCACAGAAAAAAUUGAAGUCCAAGAAACAGAAAAAAAAUCAGAGAAAAAAGGACCCAAAGGUAACUCAAGGUGAUGAGCUAUAUGUGCUGCAAGAGGAAACUGAAGAACAAGUUCACUUUCCUGUGGGCUACGAUGGUGAUUCUCCGAGUUCUGAGAUUGUUGUUGCUGUAAGAGCUUAUGAAUUGGGGCUACACGGAGAGGAACUUGAGCAUGAAGUGGAGGAAAGGACAUUACAAGCACAUAAGGAUCUUCCAGAUACAUUAGGGCCGGGACUGAUAAAUGAUGGUGAAAACAAUUGCUUUUUAAACGUGAUUGUACAGUCUCUCUGGCAUUUAAGAACAUUUAGAGGCGAGUUUCUGAGCAUAUCAAAAUCUGUUCACGCGCAUAUCGGAGACCCUUGUGUUGUUUGCGCAAUAUAUGAUAUUUUCACUGCCCUGAGAGAAGCUGCAAAUAAGGGAGGAGCAGCUGUUUCUCCUACCAAUUUAAGAAUUGCUCUGAGCAAAUUGAAAUACAAUGGUAAUUUCCAGGAAGGACAGAUGAAUGAUGCUUCUGAAGCUUUGUUAGCUAUUUUGGACAUUCUUCAUCAGUCAUUUACUUGUGGUUCUGGUGUUUCUAGUACUAAAUCACCAGGAAGCAGUUGCACAGGCUCUUUUGAUUGUGCUAGUGAUGCUUGUAUAGCACAUACAGUUUUUGGAAUGGACAUAUUUCAAAAGAUGAACUGUCACUACUGUAAUACUGAAUCCAAACAAAUGAAGUUUACUUCAUUUUUCCACUACAUAAAUGCAGCUCAACUCAGACAAAGAAAGAGUGACUAUGCAGAGAGCCCUUUUGAUGAGCUUUUGAAACUUGCAAAUGAGCAUUAUUGUGAUUCUGAGGUAGGCGGCUGUGGCAAAUUAAACAAUCUCCACCAUAUUCUUUCAACUCCUCCACAUGUGUUCACAACAGUUCUUGGUUGGAGUACUAAAGAGGAUGUAGAUAAUAUAUCUGCAAUAUUGGCAGCUCUGACAACUGAGAUAGAUAUUGGUGUAAUCUAUGAGGGUAUAGAUCCAGGGAACAAACAUUCUCUUAUUUCAAUGGUUUGCUAUUGCCCAAUACACUUCAUCUGCUUUGUUUACAGCCGUGCGUAUGAAAAGUGGAUUCUGUUUGAAGAUAAAACUGUGAAGCUUAUCGGUGGUUGGGAUGAUGUUCUUGCCCUGUGUAAACAAACGAAAUUACAACCCCAGGUUCUGUUUUUUGAAGCUGUAAACUAGUUUUUCUCUGGAUAUACAUCAUUGGAAUACACUGGAGUUAAUUGUUAGCAUUUCUGUUAAAACUGUAUUUUUUUGAGGGUUCAUUUUCAUUUCUGUUGCUUUUAGCUUUGUUAGAGAGAAUAAUCCCCUGUAUAAAUAGAGUAGGGAGGUGUAUAAUAGUGCAUUCAUUGUAUUCAAUAACUCAAAUUGAAUAAGAAUUCAGUCCAAGUUUCUCUUCAA